UAAUUUUAUUUAUAUUUAAUGACAUUCUUAUGGGCAAACAUAGAUUAUGAUUUUAACUCAAUUACACUUAGAUAUAUUAGUGAUUGGAUUUGGUAUUAUAUACUAUUAAAAUAGGUAUCAUUACUCUAUCUUAGCCAUAUUUCCACUUUGGAUUAUAGGGUUAUAUAGAAUUUAUUUACAUAUAUUUGAUUAUCAAAAACACCUCUAGAUAAAACAACAGAAAUUUAUGAAUGCAAUAGUUUUUUCUUUAGUAAAAUUAAAUUAAUCUAGACAAUAUAUGCUCCAUUUUAUUAUUUGUUUGAUGCUAUUAUUUCUGUUUUAGAAGGUACUUACUUAACAGAGUGUAGAUUCCCAUAUUUUUUUCAUCAUAUGGUAUUUAUUAAUUUAUAAUAUUAUCUUAGAUAGCAAUAGUUGUUUAGCCAUUCUUAUUGAGUAGAUAUGUUCUUAAUUGGUGGGAUAUAAUGGUAUGUUCUACACAUGCUAUUUUUGUAAAAUA